UGUGGCCAGUAUCAUAAAGUUAGGGUAAAUCCAAGGGGGAACCUACCACUUCAAACCUCUAUUUAUGCCCCCUCGACUCCCUCCCUCUCCCCUCAAGCCAAUCAAGCCUUCCUCUUCUCCUCUUGUUCUUCCCCUGGCCAACACUCAUUGUCCCAAUGAGGAUGCGUCUUCUUGGGCUUGCUGUGAUUGCUUUCGUCUCGUUGCUCUCUGCUGCACAUGGGUAUGGAGGGGGAUGGACCAGAGCUCAUGCUACCUUCUACGGUGGAAGCGAUGCGUCGGGGACAAUGGGUGGUGCUUGUGGCUACGGCAACUUGUACAGCCAAGGGUAUGGGACUAACACAGCUGCCCUGAGCACAGCCCUCUUCAACAAUGGCCUCAGCUGUGGAGCUUGCUAUGAGCUGAUGUGCGUGAACGACCACCAAUACUGCCUGCGGGGAACCAUCGUGGUCACUGCCACCAACUUCUGCCCGCCCAACAGCGCCCUCCCAAACGAUGCUGGGGGAUGGUGUAACCCUCCCCUGCAGCAUUUCGAUCUCUCUCAGCCCGUCUUCCUCCGCAUUGCUCAGUACAGGGCUGGAAUUGUGCCCGUCGCGUAUCGCAGGGUCCCAUGCAGGAAGAGAGGAGGGAUCAGGUUCACCAUCAAUGGCCACUCCUACUUCAACCUGGUGCUGAUCACCAACGUUGGAGGAGCCGGAGAUGUGAACGCGGUGUCCGUCAAAGGGUCCAGGACCGGGUGGCAGUCCAUGUCCAGGAACUGGGGCCAGAACUGGCAGAGCAACAGCUACCUCAAUGGCCAAGCCCUCUCCUUCAAGGUCACCACCGGCGACGGACGCUCUCUGGUCUCCUACAAUGUGGCUCCUGCAAGCUGGUCCUUCGGACAAACCUUCAGCGGUGGCCAAUUCCGCUAAACCAUUUCGGAUCGCGGUAAAGAUUACAUUGCAUGGUAUAUACUGGAGUCUCAGUGUACAAUUUAGAGAUCAGAGGGGCUUGUUUUACUUCGGCCCUUCGUAGUAUUGGUAUUGAAUUCGUCGUCUAGGCCUUGUAUUAGAGGCUUACUACUGCUCUUGGAGAAGAAAAGUUAAGGGAACUGCUUCUCUCUUCGGGCAGAUGUUAGCAGUGGUGGAAUCCUACUACCCGCUCGGUAUCAGAUAGGAUGAGGGACGGGUGUUUUUGGUGUGGUGUUCUUUUAACUCUGAGAGAAGGAGGUUCUGAAGAGAAGGCUCCUUUUUGCUUGUACUGUUGUUGCAUUUGCUGUAUUAACCAUAUAAUUUAUGCUAAGUGGAUCUAUUUGUUUUGGAAGAUGUAA